CGCCCAGUGCCAUCACCCUGCCUGCUGGCUGGGCAGGGUUACUCCUCAGGUCACCCCCCCCCCUCCAGCCUGCCUUGGGCUUGGGGAGUGAGGAGAAGGGCGAGGGACGACCCUGAACAUCCUCCAUCCAUCGCUCCGUCACCUGAGCAAGAUGGCCGGGCUCCUGAGGAUGUUCAGGAAGAAGGCUCUGAAGGUGGCCCCAGAGCCUGAGGGGAGCAGCUGCCAUCUUCCCCAGGAGCAGAGCGGCCCCUCUGUCCCCGCUGGCGGGGAAGGAGCUCCCGGCCGGACCAGAAGGUGGAAGUUCCCAGCCUUCUGGAAGAGGAAACCUGCUCCCGGCGCAGGCGCCGAGGUGGGAGAGGCACCGGCCAGGCCAAAAUGGAACUGGUCCAGGAUGCGGCUGGGCAGGCGGGACCCAGCCCAGGAGCGCAACCGGGCAGGGUGGCUCCGGGGCUUGUUAUGUGGGCAGCAGCGGCCCCAGGAGCCCAGCCCUGAUUUCCAUCAGGAGGCAUCGCCCUGCCUUGUCAGUGGGGACCUUCCAGCCUUCCCAGGGCAGGAGGUGGAGGAUCCCUCUCCCAGCCCCAGCAGCUCGGCCCGCUCCCCAUGGGACAGCAGCAGCGCCUGCGACUCGGACAGCAACUCGGCCCGCUCCCCAUGGGACAGCAGCAGCGCCUGCGACUCAGACAGCAGCUUGGCUGAUGGACGCUUCUGCUUCGUUCAAGGGUCCGCCAGGGCCUCUGAGGACGAGCAGGAGCAGGAGGAGGAGGAGGAGGAGGAGGAAUGGGUUGACGUGGUAACAGAGGAGGCUGCUCUCAAAAACAUCCGAGAGCAGCUCCAGGGCCGAGAAAAGGACGAGGCGCAGCAGCUCGUGUUCCUGCACGCCAUCCACCCCGCGUGUCUCGCUGCACAGCAGAGAGGGCAGGACACAUUGGAGCCGCGCUGCUGCAAGGCAGCUGUGGUGGAGAGGAUUGUGGAGCUCAUUGAGGAGCUUCCUGAUGACUCUCCGCCCGGCGCCGUCCUGGCCAACUGCCUGAUCGCUGUGGCCAACCUCAGCACCAUGACACCUGCCUUGGAGCCGGAGCUGGAGACCCACCUCCUCCGAGCUGCCCUCCAUGCCGUUUUCACCCUGGACACGCGGACGGACACCACCCAAGUCCAGGAUCUGCAUAGGGUCAUGCCAGACCUCCUGGACGCCAUGCUGGGGAACCUGCUGGCAAAGUCCCCAGAUACCAACAAGCUCCACUACAUCUUGGAGCACAUUAACUACUGGAUGGUGUCCAGGGUGUCGAGCGAGAGAGCCAGGGCCAUUAGGAGCAGCGCGACCCUGCUCACCUCCAUCAUCACCCUCCCUGACUUUGACAACUCAGCCGAAUUCCCCGAGAUGGGUCACCAUGUGGCACAGCUGGCUCUGUCCAUCGGUGACCCAGACAAGGACAUCAGCCGGCAGGCCAGGGAGGGGGUUUUCCGGCUCUACCAACUGUUGCUGCACCAGAGGGACCUGACCAUCCACGAGGCCGAAGAGCUGUGGCUCCGGGACUGGCACCAGGACAGCAGGCUCCUCGGCUAUAAAAACACAGCCAGGGUCGGGGAGGUCUUUGGAAAGUUAUUCUCGGAGGGGCAGAGACGCUUCUUCCUGCGGACGGCAGUGCUGGCCAUGCACAACCCCCGGCUGCGUGUCAGCCAGGCUGGGCUGCUCCUCACUUACUCCCUCCUGGGGCAAGCCCAGCAGCUGCUGGGGGACAAGCAGGAGGAGGUCACUUAUAAGGUGACGCAACAACUGCACAUCAUCCACAACUUGCACCAAGUGCCUGAGGCGGUGCAGGAGCUCUGCCUCCGAGGCCACCAGCUACUCCCGCUCCCUGUAAACGAGGAGUGUAGUCAGACUGAGUGGUCUCCCUCCGAGUGGGAGAGCGAGAGACCCCCUACACGCCCCUUGGAGGGUGGAGCCUAUAUUGCCCCGCCCCCCUCACCGUCAGGACCGGGGCGUGGCCGGAAGUAUAAAAGACCGGCCGUGCUGCACAGUGGGGGGAGAGCCUGCAAGACAGGAGGACGCUCAGCCUGUUCUCCAAAGGCCCUGAGAGGAUCCCCAGGCGUGGACGAGGACUGGCCCGGAGUCCUCGCUGCAGUUUACUCCAAGGAGUCGGAAGAGGCCUGGAGGCUGCGGGUACCAAACCCUGGGGAGGCAGGAAGUAGCCCAGGGGCAGCCCCGGAGCAGCCGGCUGCAGAGCCCAGUGCGGCUCAGUCGGCGUGUUGCGGCAGGAUCCCCGCCGACGCAGAGGCAGCCAAUCCUGCCCCUGCCAGGACCUUGGGCUGGGACACGGUGGAGUAGGGUGGGCCGAGUGGCUGACCCCCUACACGGUGCAAGGAGGCUUUAGCCCCGCCCAGGCUAGAGCCAGCCCUGUCAAGACUGUUUGCUCACUGGCUGCCUGGUUCCACCCAAGCCAGAGCCCGUCCUUGAAGACUGGUUGUUUGUGGGCUGCUUGGGCUCUGCCCAGGCCGGAGCCACUCUGGUAGACUGUGCUGGGGGGCUGACCACUUGAGCGACCCCAGCCCAGCAGGGCCGGCUCUACCAUUUUUACCACCACAAGGAAAAACAAAAAGGCGGCUCGGACUGCCGCCGCCCGAACUGCUGAAGCUGCCCGGACUCUGCUGCCCCAGGAAUGGCCGGAUUGCCGCCCCUUAGCAUGUGCCUCCCCAGGCACGUGCUGGCUCCGCUGGUGCCUGGAGCCGGCCCUGCAGCCCAGGCCGCAGCCUGGUAACGACAGUUGACUACUGUGGUGCGGUGACUGCCCCAUGCCCAUGCAAGAGGGUGCUUGAGUAGGCCAGAGCGGCUGUGCAGGCUGGCAGCCAAUCAGAGAAGGGCCUACUGAGAGCUAAUCGGGGCCGAGAUUAAAGCCAGCCAAUCAGGGCUAGGCUAGGCCCUAUAUAAUGGCUGCCCAGGAGCACAGCAGGCAGUCUGUCCCAGAUCUUCAUGGAGGAAGGUCUUUCUCCAGAGCAGGAGACUGGCACCUCGGACAGAGCAGUGCUGGGCAGACUCAUGGGGAGCAUAGUAGAGCUCCGGCCCCAGACCUGCCAGACUGCAGACUCUGAUAGAAAAGGCCUAGAGGGUGCGAGGGGCCGGAGGGGAAGUGGCCCAGGGACAGUUGGACAAGGGGAGAGAAGGAGAGCAAGGAGGCUCCCACUAGAGGGUCCCUGGGUUGGUACCCAGAGUAGUGGGCAGGCGUGGGUCGCCCCCCUUCCCUCUUGUACUGCACCAGGCCACGCGGUGGCCUAGACAACUUCCAACGAGUCCUUGAGACAAUGGGUUAGACUUUGGGGGCUGUGGUUGGCCACUGAGGCAGAUGCAAGGACUGUUGGUAAUCCCUCCGGAAGGGGGUGAGCAUGGACUAAGGGGCACUGCCAGAGAGCAGUGGCCUGAAGAAGGACACCGUCAAAUGGGGAGCAACGCGGGUCCAGACGCCAAGGGAGGACAAGAGAUGGACAGGACACCGCCAGCAGAGCGCGCUUCCCAUAGACUGAGCUAAUUACCAGAGCGCCCAGCGGGAGGCGCCGUGGUGAUGAGCUCCAACCCCGUCACACGUGGUGGAGAAUGCAGGCACAGGCGGUCCGCCCUGAUACUAGGGGCAAGAGCGAGGACUAGGCAGAUUGUGCCACAUUGAGAGACUGAGAGAAAAUGGUGGAGAAAAGAGCCUUCUAUUGGAGGGCCUGGGUGGCUCAGCUCGCCGAGCAGCAGAGGGAGUUGUUCUGGCUGCUGCGGGGGUCGGCACCCAGGCCAAACGAGAUCUGGCCCCAAGGGCGAGAGGCCAGGGCUGGGAACUCUGAACUGCUUCGCCUGUAGGUGACGGGGACGCUACAGGAGGGAGUGUCCCUCCUGGGAGGGGGCAGAGAGGCCCCACCCAGAAAAGGCUCCCCCUGCUUGUUGGCUCUGAGGGGAGCCGGGGCACCUGAAGAGAAGGAAGGGCCAGGGCCCAAACAAGCAGGAGUAGGGACAUGGCAGGGGGAAGACCCAGAAAGUGCUUCCACUGCCACAAAGGGGGACAUUUAAGGAGGCACUGCCCCCUGAGGCAGAAAGUGGGGGUGUCUGAGACAAGGGUUCGGUCUGAGACCCCACCCACGGAAGGGAUGGUGAAGACCGAGGACCCUAGAGAGAAAGGGGCUGGGGCAGAGAGGCCCCACUGAAAUGAGGGGACCCACAUAGGAGCCAGGAGAGCCAAUGUGGGAACCCAAACACAAGUAGGAACCCCCGUAGGACCAGGGCGGUCUACAGUGGGAACCCAGACCCUAGAGGUGCGGAGCAGGUUGCUCCAGACUGUGGAGGGUCUGCGAGAGGAAAGGGAUGCCCUGUGGGCCCAGCUGUGAGGGAAGCUGGGGUGAUAGGGUCCCCCUUCCCCCCCCGUGAGCAUUCUUAAGGGGGAGGGUGUGGUGGGGUGGCUGCCCCACCCCCAUGUGAGAGGGGCUAGAGUAGGCCAGAACGGCUGCGCAGGCCAGCAGCCAGUCAAGGAAGGGCCUGCUGAGAGCCACUCGGCCGAGAUAAGAGCCUGCCUUCCGCUCCUUAGCCCCAGCCCUUGCUGGGAAGCAGAGCCCCUGCGAGCUGAAAGUCGCUUCUCCCAGAGCCGCAGACACGGGGAGCGGCAGGAUUGCAGGGGGGGCUGAGCUCCAAGCUGGGCCAGCAAUGCACAGGCGGGCGAGAGGAAUCGAUUCCUGUUUUGAAGACAGACCUGAUCAUGAGGAACCUGGGGGCCUCAGUCCCUUCAGCGACUGUAAUAGGCUCUGCCGCAGUCAGCUUAGGCAGAGGUGGACUCUGUUCUAGGCAAGGGACUUUUGGACAGAGCCUCAGAGGUAGCUGGUGCCUAACUCCCAGUUAAACCAAUAGGAGUUAGGUGCCUAAAUACCUUGGAGGAUGGGGCCUACAUGCCACGCAGAGGAGAGCAGAGGCAGAGGUGGCAGGGGCCUGGUUUAAUGGAACGGGGCUGAUCCUUUCACAAUGGUGUAACUCAGGAGAAAAUCCAGUGCAGUUAAUGGAGUUAGUGGAGUGGCACCAGAGCAGAACUGGCAGGGGCAACAGGCAGAUCAAGGCCAGUGGAUUUGAACUAAAGGGGAAAUGUCUUCAGACAAGGAGGCCAGGAGUGUGGAGCAGAGCAACCGGCACAGCAGGGUUAUAUCGCUGGCCCUGCUUUCUCCAGCCUCAGCCACUUGCCCGAGAUCAUGCAGGAAAGGCCCUGACAGACCCAGGAAUCCUGACUCCCCAUUUGGUGGUGGUGUGCACAGAUGGAGUGGGUGAAGAGAGAGGGGACACCCCACUCAGUAUCAGAUCACAACCUAACCGAGGAUAAAAUCUCAUGCUUGUUGUGGUGGAAAGGCUACUGGGCCUGCUGUUUCUGACCCGAGAGAGGUAUUUUGCUUUCCCUUAAUGGAUCCACUGGGAAAAAUCUAGCUGGACAACAACAUUUCUCCAAGCCAGAGCAGCGGGGAGAGAAACCUCCCUCUCACAGCUUCCCAGCUCAACUCCAGUUUGUUCAGCUCCAUGCUGCAGGCUCUGCAGCUGCCUGCACUGGCGUUCAUGAAAAAGCUUUUUUUAAAACAAAGAUGAUUGAGAAACCCGCAGCCUGAGAAAGCAGCAGC